AUGGCCAACUAUUCACCGGAUUGCCGGGAGUCUCGUUGGCCGUACCAAUCAUGUACUCCAUCGGCAAUGCUCCCUAAGAGGAAAUCUUCCAGAACAGCAUCUCUCUCUGUGACUAAAGUGAGUCCGGCGCCGUCCGGAGUAACUCCAUGCAGAGUCUGUCAAACCGAGUUGCUUUUUUCCACAGAUAAACGAGGGAGGAUGACGAGUUUGGCAAUUUACAUGCUAAUCGUCUCCUGUUGUGUGAGAAAUUUCCGUGUAGUUGUCCUUCAGGGAAUGCAGCUUUGGCAGAUCUUCAAACUCCUUUUUCUAACUAACCAGCUGCCUUUCGCUUGGGGCAAACGACUACGCCGCGUAAGACCUGAUGUUCUAGAAAUAUUCGGUUGCCCGAAUCUUCUCAACAUGCAGGUGUAUUGCACACUCGUUACUAUACUCUAUCGUUGUCUGUUGGUUGGGGCUGUUCGAUGGUUACCACGACUCGGAAUACGAUUGGAAGGUUAUACUGAUCUCGCCCCCAAACUACACAAGCUAAGCAUGCAUCCCCGGAUUGACACCAUCGCUGUUGGGCCUUUCACAACCUCUUUCCAUCCAUCUGAUGAUAUUCUUUCUUAUUCCACGUUUUCCUUCUCCUCUUUGGCUGGGAUAUAA